UUUUUCUACGGUAUCAUUCCAACCUCAGAAUUUUCUGUUUAAAUUUUUCCCUGGAAAAAUAAAACCUUCAAAAUUUUUCCGGUAUAAUUGGUACCAGCUGGCGAUCGAGGAGAGCGAGCUGCAGCCUUAACAAGCAUUGACAAGCCUCCAAACGGCGCUUUCUGCAGUCGACACGCCCACGCCACGCCACAGCUCCGCCAUCUACUAUUUAAUUUUCCUUUUUUUAAAAAAAAAAAUUUCUUUAUAUCCAAUCAAAACGCCACCCCUGCUUUACGCUGCUCUUCUUCUUCUUCUUUCAUGAAAAAUCUCAAGUCCUCGAGAUCUCUGAUCCCGCAGUUCUCUGAUUAAGCAUUUCGAUUUAUUUUUCGAGUUUGAAAAAAAUAACUUAAGGAGAUCUUUCAAGAAUAAGAGGCAGUUUCUUCCUAGUUGUUUGCGUUAUCUUCGGUGAUCGUUUGUGCGUUGAGAGAUUUAUAGCUGAAAAAGAAGAAAAAGGAAAAAAAAGAGAAGAGUAAAUUAUUCGACUGGAAAUUGAAAUUUGAUUAGUCGACAUGGUUACUGGAAAUAUAUUUCAUUGCAGAAAGAAUUCAUGGCCGCCUGAGGAAUAUGUUAGCCGUCACACUUUACAUUUGUUUGAUUUUGAUAGUGCUGGUCCACCAAAACAUGCUUGGAGAAGGCGAUUAAACAGCCAUGCUAAUAUUCUAAAAGAAUUCAGUAUUACGUUUAUGGAAGCAAUAAAGAUGGUGCGAUUAGGUAUACGACUAUGGUCCUACGUUAGGGAAGAGGCAUCUCAUGGCAGGAAAGCACCUAUUGACCCUUUCACCCGUGAAAGUUGCAAGCCAUCUGCAUCUCAAGGAGUUCCAUUGGGAGGAAUGGGGAGUGGGAGUAUAUCCAGGGGUUUCAGAGGCGAGUUCAGACAAUGGCAAAUUGUUCCUGGAACUUGCGACUCUUCACCUGUUAUGGCUAAUCAAUUCUCUAUAUUUGUAUCUCGUGAUAGUGGGAAUAAGAAGUAUGCAUCGGUUUUGGCUCCAGGACGACAUGAAGGAUUAGGGAAAGCUAGAGAUGAGGGUAUUUCAUCAUGGGGUUGGAAUCUGAGUGGCCAGCAUUCUACAUAUCAUGCUUUGUUUCCUAGAGCAUGGACAAUAUAUGAUGGUGAACCAGAUCCUGAACUAAAAGUGUCUUGUCGUCAGAUAUCACCUUUCAUACCCCACAAUUAUAAGGAUACCAGUCUUCCGACAGCUGUUUUUGUCUACACAUUGGUGAAUACUGGAAGAGAAAGGGCAAAAGUCAGCCUACUCUUCACAUGGGCGAAUUCAAUUGGUGGAGUUUCACACUUAUCCGGAGAUCAUGUGAACGAACCAUUCAUAGGCGAAGAUGGAGUCUCUGGUGUACUUCUUCAUCACAAGACUGCUAAAGGGAACCCCCCUGUUACUUUUGCCAUAGCUGCAUGUGAAACCCAGAAUGUCAACGUGACAGUCCUACCAUGUUUUGGUCUUACUGAAGGUCGGUCUGUAACAGCGAGGCAGAUGUGGGAUAAAAUGAUGCAGGAUGGACAAUUUGAUCGUCAAAAUUUCAAUAGUGGCCCAAGCAUGCCUUCAUCACCUGGAGAGACACUAUGUGCAGCGGUCUCAGCCUCUGCCUGGGUGGAACCCCAUGGAAAAUGUACUAUUGCAUUUUCUCUUGCUUGGUCUUCUCCAAAAAUAAAAUUUUUAAAAGGGAGCUCAUACCAUAGGAGAUACACAAAAUUCUAUGGCACUUCUGAAAGAGCAGCUUUGAACUUGGCGCAUGAUGCACUGACAAAUUACAAGCGGUGGGAAGAAGAGAUUGAAAAAUGGCAAAGUCCUAUCCUCAACGAUCAAAGGCUGCCAGAAUGGUAUAAAUUUACACUGUUUAACGAGCUCUACUUUUUGGUUGCUGGCGGAACUGUUUGGAUAGAUUCUUCCUUGCCAUCUACAAAUGUGAAAAAUGAUCAAGAUUCACCAGAAGAUGCACAAAGGGUAGAUGUAAAAGUAACUGAAGCUGAAGUGAACCGCAGGCAUACUACCAUUUCUGAGUACAGUACGACUAGUGGCUGUAACGGUUCUACUGGUGAUGUGUUAAAAAAUAACAGUGAUCCAGCUGUUACUCAGAAUAAAAGAAACAGCAAUAAUUUGUCAGAGCACUUCAAAUGGCAGGAUCAACUAGAUGACUAUGACGAUGUUGGUAGGUUUCUGUACUUGGAAGGAGUGGAGUAUAUCAUGUGGAACACUUAUGACGUGCACUUCUAUGCAUCUUUUGCCCUUCUUGAUCUUUUUCCCAAAAUUGAACUUAAUAUUCAACGUGACUUCGCCAAAGCUGUUUUAUCUGAGGAUGGAAGGAGAGUGAAAUUUCUAGCAGAAGGUAAUUAUGGAAUUCGAAAAGUUAGGGGAGCUGUUCCUCAUGAUUUAGGGACUCAUGAUCCUUGGAAUGAAAUGAAUGCAUAUAACAUACAUGAUACAAGCAAAUGGAAGGAUUUGAAUCCCAAGUUUGUGCUUCAAGUGUACAGAGAUUUUGCUGCCACAGGAGAUAUGCAAUUUGGAGUUGAUGUUUGGCCUGCUGUUCGCACUGCAAUGGAGUACAUGGAACAAUUUGAUAGAGAUGAUGAUGGCUUGAUAGAAAAUGAUGGAUUUCCAGAUCAAACUUAUGAUGCUUGGACUGUCCAUGGUGUAAGUGCUUACUGUGGUUGCUUAUGGCUUGCAGCUCUCCAAGCUGCCGCUGCAAUGGCUGAGCAGAUAGGUGACAGGUUCUUUGCUGAAACAUGCAAAACUAAAUUUUGUACUGCGAAAUCAGCAUUCGAAAAGAAACUGUGGAACGGCUCUUAUUUCAAGUAUGACAGUGGAUCAAGUAGUAAUAGUAAGUCGAUACAAGCGGACCAACUGGCAGGGCAAUGGUACACAGCGUCUUCUGGCUUGGCUCCACUUUUUGAUGAGUUCAAAAUAAGAAGUGCUCUUCAGAAAAUAUAUGAUUUCAAUGUGAUGAAAGUUAAGGGAGGUCGGAUGGGCGCGGUAAAUGGGAUGCAUCUCAAUGGAAAGGUGGAUGAGACUUGCAUGCAGUCGCGUGAAAUAUGGACUGGUGUUACCUAUGCUGUAGCGGCAAAUAUGAUUCUUGCUGGAAUGGAGAAAGAGGCAUUUGCUACAGCUGAAGGCAUUUUCAUUGCAGGCUGGUCAGAGGAGGGUUUCGGAUACUGGUUCCAAACUCCGGAAGCAUGGACAAUGGACGGCCAUUUCCGAUCCCUUAUAUACAUGAGGCCUCUUGCAAUAUGGGGUAUGCAAUGGGCACUCUCUAUACCCAAAGCUAUACUUGACGCCCCUAAAGUAAACAUGAUGGAUAAAAUCCUGAUAUCUCCGGCAACGUUUUCAUUGUCUCUCACCGAGACCGGAGUUAGAAAGAUUGCUAAUAAAGCCAAGUGCUUUGGGAAUUCGGUAUUGCAUUGUGCAUGCUGAUCAUCAUACUCAUGCAGAACCCCGACAUGUUAAAUUAAGUUGUCAUCGGCUUCCCCUUUAACCCCAUUUUCAGCAGAAAUUUGAAGCUGGUGCAGGUUAAUAGGGAAGCUGGGAAUAACAUAACUGAGCAGCAAAAACGUGGCCUAGCAAACGAAAAAUAGUGAUCCAUUCUGAUAACUAGGACUUGUAGCACAUUUUUUUCUUCUUCAUAUUCUUAUUAAGAAAAUGUGAUUUUUCCAUUGGUUGAGGUGUAUCACUGAAAACCCGACCAUUUACAUAUUCACUUGAAAUUAGGCGAUAAUCCCAGUAACAUCUGACCUUUUUCUGAUUC